UAUUUAUAUACGUACCGUAAUCAGUAACUGCUGUAAUUUCAUGAAUCCCACCUUUUUCUAGGUGAGGUAUUGAUAUGCUGAGGAAUACAGAACCCAACUUGGAACUAUGCAGGUCACUGAGUUCCAUUUUUCUGUUUCUUUCCAGUCUUUUAACAAUUUAUUUUUAAGAUGAUGUUCAUCUCACAGCAGUGUCGGUUUUUUUGAAGACCUUUUGGUCAAAAGUCUUUGGAAAUCAAACAGAUGACACUAGCUGACCUCUGUCUAUUUAAAAGACCUUCAAAGAAUUCCAGUAGGCUACUGAGUCAUGAAUUCCCUUUGUCAAAGAGGCUCUUUUCCAGUAUGUGUUAAAUGUAUUGGCCUUGCAUAUUUAGAAACCCUCCUGAAUAUUUUUCUCUGUCUUGCUGUACUGCCUCUUUUUUAGUUGGAGUCAAGAAGCUAUUUUAAAUUUCGUAGCUGAUUACAUUGAAGUACUGAAUUGUUCUGGUGGUAGUGUGUGGUGUUUGCAGUACAGGGCAUGAACUUUGCAUGUGUUAGAUUGCAGGCAUGAUAGUGCUUAUGCAGCAGUACGUGAGAGAACUGGAAAUGCUUUUUCUUCCACUGUGUUUUGCGUAGUAGAAGAUACCUGACAGAUGCCUCCUGCAUCAAAUUCAGUGUAGUGUAAGUAGUUGACCUGCAGUCUGUAUGCACAUUUUGAAGUCUCUCAGCUUCCUUUUUAUGAUUCUUCAAGCAAAGUGUGCAGGUAUGGAAGUAUGCCAUGGUGCUACGUGAAUUCAGUUCACAGAAUGGAUUCAAAGCCCAGUUUAUCAGACAGAGUAAGAUUUAUGCAUUGUGUUUUUUUUGUUUGUUUUCCUUUAGAACUGUAGGUACUAGCAUUUUAGGUUUUGGGAGAGAGGAUCUCAGGCAUUCUGCAGAAGCCUGACAUUUCUGUGUGGUCCACUCCAGCGUAUUGCGUGGGGAUAGCUUUCUCUUAUGAAAAUCAGUCAGACCUGCUUCCCUGCUAAACUUGCUUUUAAAGAUUAUUGGGGGGCAUAGGUAGAGUAUGCAAGUAGAGCAUAAGGCCUAGGGGUUCGUGCCACGUGUAACUUGUUAUGCAGACCUGUGAAUUUCUGCUUCAGGUCUGCAUUUUUCUUCAGUUGAUACGAAGUACCUUUUCCAGUUACUUUGCUGUUGUUGGUGUAACUUCCAUGGAAGAAACCAGUAAGCAUUUGUUGAGAGAUGCUAAGACUGUAAAAGCAGAACAGAGAAAAAUGUAUUAUCAUUAAAGAUUCUAAAAUGUUCAUAUAACUUCCAUGUUUUUGGGCUUCAAUUGAUCUGAAGAGCUAAUGGUGUACAGAAGGAUAAGCAACAUAGAAUUUACUGUGAACUGAGUUGUAAAUAAUCUUUCAGAAAAAAAUAUGCAGUGACAAAACUAAUUAUUUCGUGUUGAAAGGUUGUAGAUCAUCUUCUAUUCCAUCAAACAGUGUUUAAGAUGACUAAGUUUCUUGCUAACAGUUAUGGAACUUUAGAUUAGGAAAUACCAAAUAUGCUGUCCUCUUGCCAUUGUGGGGUCUGCCUGCCCCAGACUCUGUCAUGACACAAAGCCGAGUACUUUGCCAAGGAAAAUCACCCAAGAAUUCAGGGCAUGUAUUCACCAUUCCAGACACUGUCAAGAGCCAAACUAAUGAAAGGACUGAGAGGUGAAGUGUAAUCAUGACUUCCAAAGUGUUUGUCCAGCAGGAAAAAGUCAUUACUUAAAUUCUCUGGCUGUGGUCCCAUUCCUUAUGCUGAAUUGAAAUAAUGCUGUGAUUUAUCUCUGAGUGAUAUAGCUGUACUUUGUUCUUUCUUGGACUUCUCUUUUUCUUUUCUUCUCUUUUUUUUUUUCUUUUUUUUUUUCUUUUUUUUCUUUUUUUCUGCACAUGAUUUAGUGGAGGGUUGUUAAAAUUGGGGCAGUAUGGUGAGGUUGCUGUUGGACUUGCUGAUCUUUAAGGUCUUUUCCAACCUGAGCAACUCUAUGAUUCUGUGAUUGAAUAUGAGGCUCGGUUGUUGUAAAGGUUUACUUAAAUCACAGCUGUCUGUUACCAUUUAUAUAUGUUUGGUAGCACUCACAGAGAAAUGCCAGCAUAUUGUUCAUGUAUUAAUAGUUGUUCUUGAGGCAAACUGUCAUUUUUUAUAUUGCAUUAAUGGAACGUUUUUUUUUUUGUUUAAAUUAAAAAAAAAAAAAAAGACCACCAGGUGGCGUUGGAACACUGGGGCCCUGUGAGUGCUGACUGCGGUCACCUGAUGAGUGUGGUCUCCUGAUUCACGAUGCUGACUUCCAGAGCUGAUUCUCUUGCAGUGUGCAAGUCAAGAAAGCAUGGUUUGGCUAAAAUCUGCUAUUUCAAGAGUUUGAAAGAACAAAAUGGUCCUGUUGCUGCUCUCAUUUUUAAAUUAGGUGCUCUUACGAUGCUACAUAAAUUACAAGUUGAAAGAUAGGUUCACUGUGUUUUAUAAACCUACUCUUAUUUGCAUCUUUAGGAGUUCUCCCGAUUGCACAUGGGGUACAACAAGAGAAACAUCUCUGCAUUUGUUUGCCCUAAGCAUAUUUAAAAACUAGAUGAUGAUGUUGUGUGUGGUGGUUUUGUUUGUGUAUGAAACUCAUGUGUUUUCAUACAAUUUUUAAGCUGAGAGCCAUUGUUUUUUAACUUACAGAAGUACACAAAGAGUGUAACAUCCCAUUUUGUUUUAAAUUCAUGUGUACAACCCUGUGGGAAUAUAUAUUCAAUGCUAACCCAUCUGAAUUAAUGUUUGUCUGCCUCGCUCUUUACCUCUUUUAUUCUUAUUUUAAUCUCCUUUCUUGGCUACCACUUUACCCCUGAAACAGUUGUCCCACAGCUUUCAUCAGGAGUGAAUAUAUGAUGGCUGCUCCAAAAGUAAUGCCUCCUGUUUUAUUCUGUUUUGCCACAACAUCAGAGACAGAUGUUGAUGGUAUGGCAGUAGAAGUUGAGCCUUCCCACCAGUAUCACACCGUGUGUUGUUGCCGUGUGACAGAUGGCAGCAGAGGGUCAGUCUGACAAAAUGGCAUCUGACACGGAAGGGCACAUGGAGCAAAGCUGACUCAGUGCUCGCCUCAGGUGGUCAAUCAGAGGUUCAGGCCGUGAUUCAACUGUUCCCAUACUUUCAGAGCGACCUGCAUAGUCUUCCACAAAGCUGAUAUAGUCAGAUUUUUGUAUGGCAACACGGAACUUUCAGAUCUGUCCAUUGGGCCUCGGCUUUUGUUGAGAAUGACAUUAGGAGCAGAAAUCACUAAUCAGCUCAAGGCUUCUUCAUACAUAGCACCAGGCCGAAACCUUUUGAGAUGGGACCUGUCGCCAGAGCAAAUUAGAACAAGAACAGAAGAACUAAUCAGGAAGACAAAACAUGUGUAUGAUAUCGUUGGGAAGCUUAAUAUUGAAGAAGUGACACAUGAAAAUACUGUACGGGCCUUGGCAGAUAUAGAAGUGGAAUAUGCAGUGGAAAGAAGCAUGUUGGAUUUUCCCCAGCAUGUCUCACCUGACAAAGAGGUACGCUUAGCAAGUACAGAAGCUGACAAAAAGCUUUCCAAUUUUGAUGUGGAGAUGAGCAUGAGAGAAGAUGUGUUUCAGAAGAUUGUUUAUUUGCAGCAAACCUGCAAUCUUGAAAAUAUAAAGCCUGAAACUAAGCGGUACCUAGACAAAUCAGUUCAAGUGGGAAAAAGAAAUGGACUCCAUCUUCCUAAAGAAGUACAACACGAAAUAAUGACAAUGAAGAAAAAAUUAAGUGAGCUGUGUAUAGACUUCAACAAAAACCUGAAUGAGGAAAAUACGUUUCUUGUAUUUUCCAAAGAAGAACUUGAAGGCCUGCCUGAAGACUUUAUUAAGAGUUUAGAGAAGACUGAGGAGGACAAAUAUAAGAUAACGUUAAAAUAUCCUCACUAUUUUCCUGUUAUGAAGAAGUGCUGCAUUUCAGAAACCAGGAGAAAAAUGGAAUCAGCCUUUAACACAAGAUGCAAAGAGGAGAACACCAAAAUUCUUCAGCAGUUGCUUCCACUAAGGGCAAAAGUAGCAGAGCUGCUUGGCUAUAAUACACAUGCCAACUUUGUUCUGGAGGUAAACACUGCAAAGAGCACAGAAAACGUAACAACCUUCUUAGAUGAUUUGAGUAAGAAGCUCAAGCCAUUGGUUGAGAAGGAGAGAGAAUUCAUUCUAGAUUUGAAGAAAAAGGAGUGUCAAGAGAGAAACUGUGAUUAUGAUGGAAGAAUCAAUGCAUGGGAUCUUCAUUAUUAUAUGAACAAAACAGAAGAGCUGAAGUACUCCAUAGAUCAAGAAAAGCUGAAGGAGUACUUCCCGAUUGAGGCUGUUACAGAAGGCUUAUUGAGUAUUUACCAGAAGCUGCUUGGACUUGUAUUUGAGCAAGUAGAAAGUGCUCAUGUUUGGCAUGACAGUGUUACUCUUUAUACAGUAAAGGACAAUUCAACAGGAGAAACAUUAGGGCAGUUCUAUUUGGACCUUUACCCUCGAGAGGGAAAGUAUGGGCAUGCAGCAUGCUUUGGUCUCCAGCCUGGCUGUCUUCUCUCUGAUGGCAGCAGAAUGAUGUCUGUAGCUGCUCUGGUAACCAAUUUCACAAAACCAGGAUCAGAUCGCCCAUCAUUGCUGCGACACGAUGAAGUAAAGACAUAUUUCCAUGAGUUUGGCCACGUAAUGCAUCAGAUAUGUGCACAGACUGAUUUUGCCAGGUUUAGUGGAACUAAUGUGGAAACAGACUUCGUAGAGGUACCUUCACAAAUGUUUGAGAACUGGGUGUGGGAAAAAGAACCACUACAGCAAAUGUCAAGACAUUACAAAGAUGAGAGCCAUGUUGCAGAUGCUCUCCUUGAGAAACUAGCUGCCUCUAGACUGGCUAAUACAGGUCUUUUAACCCUCCGCCAGAUCGUUUUGAGCAAGGUUGACCAGGCACUCCAUACAAAGCCAUCUGUUGACCCAGGAGAUGAAUAUGCCAAAUACUGUAUGGAGAUCCUGGGAAUUCCUGCAACCCCAGGAACAAACAUGCCAGCUACCUUUGGGCAUCUGGCAGGUGGUUAUGAUGGACAGUAUUAUGGAUACCUCUGGAGCGAAGUGUUUUCCAUGGACAUCUUUUAUAGCUGCUUUAAGCAAGAAGGCAUAAUGAAUCCGAAGGCUGGGAUGAAAUACAGAAAUCUUAUUUUGAAACCCGGAGGAUCUUUGGAUGGGAUGGAUAUGCUUCAAAAUUUCUUGGAGCGUAAACCAAGCCAGAGAGCUUUCCUACUGAGUAAAGGACUAUGUGUUCAGUAAAACUAUGGUUCCUUCGUAGUGACACAUGUAUGGAAUGACCUGGAAAUGUCAAUGUGUUUCACAUUUUAACUGUGUAUCAUUUUAGACAAAUUGGGUUACUUUUUCAUGAUUUUUUUAAAAAUAAAAAUGUGGUUUUUAAAUUGCACAGGACUACAAAAUGCAAACAUCAGGGAAAAAAAAAAUCUGAGAUGUGCAGAAGUUGAAAAAUUGGGUAGUAACUUCUUUUUUGAAUUGUUACAGUACUAAUCACUAUGGGGAUAUGAUGCCUUGUUUCUCUUUCAAUAGAUGCACUUAAACUGUCUUGCGAAUGAAUCUUAAAACUGGGGAUAAAAAGGGACAUUACGAGCAAUAAAAGAAACAUUCAUUUA